AUGCAUAUCAACCUACUGUUUUUAUUCGCUGUUUUUAUUGUUGUGGUUAAUUCAGCUGCAAUACAAACGUCAAAAGCAAAAUCAGCUUAUGCAUAUUUACGUAGUGUUCGUGGUAAUAAAUCAUGUGCUAGUGGAACAUGUCCAUUUUGGGAAAAACAUGGCCGAUCAUUUGCAGCACUUCGAUGUUAUCAACAACAAUAUCAAGAAUGUACAUGUCUUCAUCGCAUGUGUUUUAGUUCAUGUAUGUUUACACGUGAAGUUUGUAAUAAAGAAAUGGUUCAAUGUUUACAACAAAUAUGUCCACGUUGUAUGCCAGCAAACUCAAUGUCUAUGUGUAAAGUUUAUGAUUCAAUGGCUGUACGAGUUGCUGAUGCACUUUCAGUCUUUUCUUGUUAUGCAUGUUGUCCUAAUAUCAACAAACCAAGUUCCAAUAAUACAAUGAUGCAAAAUGGUCAAACAAUAAAACCUCCAUCAGCAAAUGCUGGAAAUUCAAUGUCACAAACCAAUUCUGCAGGAGCAGCAGCAAGUGCAACAACUCGAGCUCCUCAAAAUGGUGUCGGUAAUACAAAUAAUGGUAAUAAACCAGUAAAUGCUGUCAUAGGUAAUAAGCCAGUAAAUGCUGUCAAUCAAAAUAAACCAACAAACGCUGGCAUUCAAACCAAACCCGCAAAUACUGGCAAUCAAAAUAAACCAACAAAUGCUGGCAGUCAGAAUAAACCAACGAAUGCUGGUAAUCAAAAUAAACCAACAAAUGGAAAUAACCUCGGAGGUAUUGUUCCUGGUAAUGGUAAUAUGGCAAUUAAUAAUGCCAAUCAGAAACCCAAUCAAAAUCAACCACUUCUUCGCAAAGUAUCUACCACUGCUCGUACUCCUGUACAAGCUCAAAAGAAACCAUAA